UAGCUGAACUUAGCUGAUUUAUUUAUAGCUUUUCUUUUUACCAAAUAAUUAGGACUUACCGUUAAUGUUUAUUCAUAUUUCUUCUCUUCCCUUCUGAACAAGAAACUACAAUAUUAUUUUCUAGUAAAAACCAAUUCAAUAUUGAAUACCUAGGUUAUGUUUUCGUCUGUGUCUGUGAAGUCUUGCUGCGCAAGUUUCUACGAAAUUGUAGGAAGAGGUAUUUUUGUUCAUCGACCACGAUUUUAUACUUUGCCAAAAAUGAAUUCCGAUCCUAAAUGGAAGAUUGAAAAAGAGAGGAUCAUAUCCUUACCACUGGAAGAGAAGCGCAAGUUGUACAAAACUAGUGAUUUUAUUGUUGUUGAUAGUGUUGAUCCAUGGAAAAAAUACGUGGACAUACUGAAGACGAAAGGAACUACGCUUCAGAAACCUAAUAAAGAUGAUGAGACCGAAUUUAAGAAAAUUAAAAUAAACGUAGAAAAAAAUUUAGAACUUGCAAACAAAGUGUCAAUUUUCAAAGGGGAUAUAACGAAAUUGGAGGUGGAUGCCAUAGUGAAUGCAGCCAACUCCCGUUUGAUUGCCGGAGGGGGUGUGGAUGGAGCCAUUCAUAGAGCUGCUGGUUCUUUACUUCAGGAUGAAUGUAACACCCUUGGUGGUUGUCCAACUGGAGGAGCAAAAGUUUCUGGGGGCUACAACCUACCAGCCAAAUAUGUGAUCCACACAGUGGGGCCCCAAGACGGAUCAGCACCCAAACUUCAAUCCUGUUAUGAAAACUGUCUGUCCUACCAAAAACAAUACAAUCUCCGCACCAUAGCAUUCCCUUGUAUAUCCACUGGCAUUUACGGGUUCCCUAACCGACUAGCGGCCCACAUAGCAUUACGCACCGCGAGAAAGUUUUUGGAAACAAAUGAAAUGGACAGAAUCAUCUUCUGCACCUUUAUGCCAAUUGACGUGGAGAUCUAUGAGACAUUAAUGCACAUGUACUUUCCCACUGAGGUUUAUAAUUAAUGAUAUGGAUAUAAACUUUUUUAAUUUUUUGCAUGUACCAGAAAAUGUUCAAGGUCUUACCCUAAUAAGUUGGUCCCUUUUAUGAUGAGUAGAAUAAGCCUUGAUUAAAAAUUCUAUUUGCUUUGACGUGGGUAUUUAUGUGUAGUUAUAGUAUAUUCACUAAGAUAAUGUCAUUAUCUAAGUGAAUAUUCUAUUAUCAACAAAAGUCAAAUUUGUGAUGAAUUGUUGUGUAAUAUUUAAGGCAGCAAGUUGUAUUGAGCUACAAAUUCGUAGGAUUUUUGUUAAAUAAAAACACAUGAAU